GAAGUCUGAAUAUUGAUUCACGAUCGGAUAGUAUAAAAGUCAAAGCGGUCGCACAACCACUGUCACUAGAAGCCCAGCAACAUGCUUUCCAGAACGCUACUCGUGGUACUCGUCGCUGCGUGCUCCGCCCAGACGCUGAACGCGUGGCCAUGGGACAGGAAGACGACAACGACUACCACGACGCCGGCGCCGGCUGUUAUGAGCAGGGAGAAGUUCUUGGCCCGUCUUAGCCAAGCGACUGAAACUGUCACCGCGGAGGUUGCUAAAAGCCACCAGCUCGUGGAAGAAGCAGACGCAGCCGACAAGGAAGGAAAAGCGAUGAAGAAAGCCGUAGAGGACGUGCGUGCCUACACCAAGGCGUUCACAGAUGAAUUGAACGACUACGCUGCCAGAUUCAUCAAAAAUGGCAUCGACACGGCGCCCUGCGUUGAAAGAUACAUGGACAACAAGGCGGAGAUCGAAGCCUAUUCCGAUGUCGAAGCCAAGGAAAAAGUCAAACUCGAUAUGCAGGACGUGCGCGACACCGCCGUUGAAGCCGACGCCCUGCUGGAGAAGAUUGCCUCCGUGAAGGCGCGCGGCGAGGCCGAGGCGGCCAAGCCCGACGGCGAGUACGGCGGCGACGUGGACGCCAUCCUGAAGGACGCCGACGAGCUCGUCAGCACGGCCGUGUGGAACAACAAGCACAUCGACGUCAUGGUGGACAGGCUCAUGUUCGCCGCGGACGUCACCAUCUUCCUCAGUUACGCUCCAGAAGACAUCAAGGCUGCCCUGAACUGCGGUGCGCUUUGCAUGCGCCGUGCUGAUCGCAGCCGCAGCCUGCAGUACGCGGCUCGCCUUGCCAAGGAUGGUUCGUGCUAAGGGCUGAAUCGUUGAAUUACAUAUUGAAUAUCAAGCUGC